AAAAGCAAAAAAAAAAAAAUAAAAUAAAACAACGCAUUGGGAAAAUACAAAAAAUAUUCAAAGCAACAACAAAUAUAACGUGAUUUUUAUUAAUGCCAAUUGCAUGUCGAUAUAUAAAUUCAAUAUAGUUUAACGUAUAUAGGAAAUCAAAUAUCUAUCGAAUGCGCCAGUGCAAUAUAAUAAAAAAAAUUUAUGAUACGCGAAAUAAAGAAAAAUGAAUUAAAAAACUCGCGCGGGAGCAAACAACCGAAAGCCAACAAAAUAUAAAGCGACAACAAAUAGAUGUACAAAUACUAAUCUAUAUAUAUCCCAACAUCGAUAGAUAUAUAUUUAGAUAAACUUGUUGCACGCGUGCGCGGCAUGUUGGCAUACUUUUAGCAGCGACUGUUUUCUUUGUUCAACAUUUCUGCUGCACAGCGCUGUAAAGUGCCUCGUUUGUGUUUCGUGUUUCGUGUGUCUAUGUGUUUUGUGUGUAUAUUCAUGCAUACAUAUGUAUAAUGUGCACUUACAAUGUAAUAUGGAGCGGCAUCAAGCAGCGUAUCAGCAACAUUGAAUACUAGUUUUAGCUACAUGUUGCUGCAACAUACGAGAAAAGUUUUUUCGACGCAUUCGCUCAUCGUCUCUCCACGCAGAGAGACAAUUGGCGAUUAAUCGAAGAAAACCAAAAACGUAGUAGGAGAAAUAAAAACAGGAAUAACACUCAGAUUUAUUCAGUUGUGUAAUAAUCACAUUCAAAAGGAGGAAGAUGACCACCAUGCCGGUGGUGUGGUGCACCGAUCCCAAUUCGGUGAACAAUAAGCCAACAGCCUUUGCCCUGCAUGGCAUACAGCUGCAGGGAAAUGUGACCGAGAAGCAGGUUAAUGCCUUGCGUGAACUGGUCAAUGCAGCGGCAGAGGGACGUCUUAUCCUGCCAUCGGAUGGCACAUUUAUGCUCUUGGACAGUGGCCUGAGCAUCGAGAGUUCGAUACUGGCUGGCGGCAAUGGGGGCAACAACAAGGAAACACUUGCUGUCGCUGGGACAGCAGCUGGCAACAAUGACAUUCAUGUGGUGGACAAAAGUCCCAAGAACACAUACAUACUGAUGCCGGUGAGCAACAACAAAGCAACGGCAGCAACAACGACAGCAGCAACCACUGCAACGGCAACCAGCAAUGAGCAGUGCACGCCGGCAGCGAUUGCAGCGGCGGCAGCACAAUUGGAAUUCCUGCUGGAACCCAAAUACUCGACAUUCACACCGCCAAGCUCAACGCCCAGCUCGCUGGCCGACGUGGAGGUGGCUGGCGCCGAUGGCUAUGAAGAUGGUGACUUGGUGAAUGCGGGAGACGAGGAGGAGGGCGAUGGCGAAGGCGAUGAUGCUGGUGAGAUACUUUAUGAGUUUCUGUGCUGUGCCAAGUGCAUGAAUGAGCAGCGUGCUGGACAUAACGGCACUUGUGCCAGUGCCAACCGGCGAUUGCAACGUUUUUUAAGGCAUUGCAGCGGCAACAGCAGCGAGUCACAGCAGCAACAGCAACAACAACAGCGACAGCAACAGGUCAAUGAACCCAACACAAUGUUGGACGAUCCUGUUAGCAGCAUUGCCAGCAAAUAUGCGCGACGCCACCAUCAGCAGCAGCAGCGGCAGCGACACAAGCAGCAUGCCACAGUGUCAAUGGGCAUUGCACGUAAUCGGCCCAACAAUCGUCAUCAUCACCACCAUCAUCAUCAUAAUCAUCACAACAGCAGUAGCAAAUUACCCAUGCACAGUGUGAAAAUCUUUCAUAAUCGCAGCAGUUACAAUCCGCUCAGCGGCGCGUGUACUAUACCGACAUCACCGCUCACUGUGGGCGUGGGCGUGCCCCCAGCGACAUGUUCCAUACCCGAUCCCAGUGCCAGUUCCCAAACAACGACAACAACAACAGCAGCAAUGACGCGAACGACGACUGCGAAUACAGUGACGAGCGUUAACGUUGAGGCGGCCAGUUUGUCGGUGACAGCGGCACUGUCAACAUCGCUGCCGAUCUAUGCGAUUGUGAGCAAAAAGCGUGACGCGAACGUUGAAAAGACUGAAACGACGAUAACACAAACAACAGCAACGACGGUUAACAAUAACAACGCCAUGUUAGCUGCCGUGCCCGAGGAGCCAACAAUUGCCACAGUGCAGGAUUUGAUCAGUUUCGAUGACGAUGACAACAACAGUCAACAACAAUCACAACAGCAACAUCAACAAAAUGACAACUUAGCCAUAAACCACCAAUCAAACAAUCCAGCCAGAGACAAUAUCUGUGAUAAUAACAAUCAUGUGGAUUUGCUGUGUGCUCCCAAUGAUCAACUGUGCGAGGAUGCCAAUCUGUUGUCGCUGCUCGUUACACCGCCACCCACACCGCCCAAACCCAAUUCACCGGGCAGCAAUAAUUCGAGUCGCAAGACUAGCUUUGAUUCCACCUGCACAAUCAGUUCCAUGGACUCGGGUUUCAUGGAGAUGCAAAACAAAUUGGACGCGCUGGCUGCUGCUGCAGCUGCGGCCAGUGGCGGUGGCGGUGGCAAUGGCGAGAAGAUUGCGCGACGCAACUACAAGGAAUGCUUGACGCAGUCGCGGAAUCGUCGCAAAUCCUAUGAAGAGUUUAAGGCCAUGUUUGCCGAUGUCGCACAGCCGGAUGCGUCGCGCUUGACGCGACGACGUUGCGGUAUGCUGCAGGAGCAUAAUGUGGGAGGAGCUGCUGUUGUUGCUGCUGUUGAGGCAGCAACAUCCACAAUACCAACGGCAGCAAUGCCAAUCGGGACAGCGGUUGAUGACGCAACAACAACUGCAAACAACAACAACAUCAGCAGCAGCAAUAACACUGUGAUGACAACGCUCGCCUCAAUAUCAGAACAAGAAACCACAAACACGAGCAGCAACAUCAACAGCAGCAACAACAUCAAACCGGAUUGCGCAAACGAGUUUGCUGCUGGUGCGACAACAACGGAUGAAAUGGAUACCGGCGACGAUCUAACAACAGUAACAGCAACAACAAGCUUUGCCAAUGCCGCCGCAACAGCAACAGCAACCACCAACACCACUACAGAAGCAAUGCGAAAGAAUUCAGAUUUUCUAUCGCAGAUACUCGAUCAUCAUUUGGCGGCCAAGGAGCAGCGGGAAAAAGCGCACAAGCGACGCACAUCAUACGAGGAGUUCAAGCGUUUGGUGCGCGAGAUUGAUGGAGCCGCCGUUCAUGGGGGUGUGGUGGAGCAGCCGCGUCCACUCAUGGAAUGUCCGCUGGACACACCCACAACAACAGCAAUAACAGCAACAACAACUCCAGGAACAGUAACUCCAGCCACACCAGCUACAACAGUAACAACAACAACCACAUCACCACUUAAACGUCAGAAUUCGCGACAGCGCAAAAGUUUUGCCUCCUACUUUUUGCCCCGUCGCAACUCGACCAAAGAGCCAAAGACUGAGCUGGAAUUGGAAACGGUGGUAAGCAAGCCAGACUUGGAGUUGCAGGCAUAUGCCAAAAUGGCUGGCAACAGCAGCAUCAGCAGCAGCAACAGCGUGAGUUCAAGUGCCAACUAUAGGCGUAACUUUAAGAUCUACGAUAAGCUCGUGUAUGGCACCAUCUAUGACAUCAUCCAGCGUAAGAACGAUAUCUAUCAGCUGACAUACCAGAAGUACGACAAGUACAUGACCUAUGGCACCAUCUAUGAGAUACUGCAUCGCAAAACGUCGACAUCGUCGCAAGGCAGCAGCAAUUCCCUAACCAGCGGCAGCGGCUGCGACAAAUGGCAGCGAAAAAGUCUCAGCUCGAUUUUAGAACGCGACACAGCGACGUCUGUCAAAAUGCAUAAAUCAAACGAUGUGAUUUAUGAUAUAAUACAAAAGCAGCAGCAAAAGCGCGAAAAGGAACGUCAAGAGGAGCAGGAACGAGUACGGCAACAACAACAACAGCAGCAACAGAGUGAACAGCAACAACAGGAUGCAACAACUGACACAACUGCAAAUUUGGGCACACAUGUCACGCACAAAUAUGGCACAAUUUAUGACAUCCUACAAGGAGAGAAAUUGGAUGCCGGCUGCGGCGACGAGGCAAUUGCCGAGAGCAAACCAGUUGCUGCGGCGGCGGCAACCACGACGCGUUUCGUGGUCAGCCAUGUGGAUGAGCAACAACAGCUCACGGACAACAACAACAUGUUGCAUGCCACUCCGGCUGUGACACCUGCAACAACUGUUGCCGCCGUGGAGCAACCACAACAGGCCAGCAAAUGCAGCAAAAUGCGACGUUUGUCCAACAUUCUUAGCUACAGUAAAUCAAGCAACAGCCAUGCUACACAGGAGUCAACAACAGCCAACAAUGAGCAACAACAGCAGCAGCAGCAGCAACAACAUCAGACCAAACGCAGUCAGGCCAAGCGACGUGUUGGCGUUAGCAAUCUGCUGUUGCCUCUCGACUCCGAGGAGCUCUACACCCGCAUCAUUGCCCAGCAGCGACGCGAGGGCAGCACCAGCAGCAAUUCGAGCAGCGACGCCGAUUGCCAAAAGGGUUUGAUGAAAUCCAAUUCCUUGGAUGCCAUCUCCAUGUCUGUGGCCAUUUCGCCACCGGCAACACCUUCGCCACCGCGUCCACGACGCAGCCUCAAGCAACACAAAUGCCUGCAACAGCAACAGCAACAACAAAUGCGACAGUUGCCGCCGCUGAUGAAGAAGCAUUCGCUGGACAAUUGUCCGGUGCCAAAGCAGCCGCUGCGCCGUUGGUCCAAUCAAACGAUACUCAAAUGCACCUGCCAAGCGCCAGAGCCAGAGUCACUGCUCAUCCAUUGCACUUGUCCAACGGCAGCGACAACAGCAACCACAGCAACCACCACUGCAUUGUCUGUCAUUGAGAAGUGCCGCUCGCUGCCCGCCGCCUGUUCGCAUACGUGCGUUAAUUUAAUUGCCGCCGUUGCCGGUUGCCGUUGCGAUGCGACGGCGGCCACACCAAUAGUCAAGUCUAACAGCAAAAAUCCAGCAACAAACACGAAAUCCACAACAACGAAUACAACAACAUCACCAACGACAACAAAAACAACAACGACGACGACGAGCAAGAAAGGCAAAUCGCGUCGACUUUCGGAAUUUACGCGUGGUGAAUUUUUAAAUGAAAAAUCCUGGUACUUCCGCAAAAUCAAACGCAUUGAGGCUGAGAAAAAACUGUUACUGCCAGAGAACGAGCACGGUGCAUUUUUAAUUCGCGAUUCCGAGAGCCGCCACAAUGACUACUCGCUAUCAGUGCGCGAUGGCGAUACGGUUAAGCAUUACCGCAUCAGACAAUUGGAUGAAGGCGGUUUCUUCAUUGCCAGACGCACAACAUUCAGAACCCUACAAGAGCUUGUCGAGCACUAUUCCAAGGAUUCGGAUGGCCUGUGUGUCAAUCUCUGCAAACCUUGUGUACAGACUAAUUCAUUUUCGGGUAUUUUUGAGAUUGAGAAACCUGUCACCGAGGGCCUAUCACAUCGAACUCGCGAUCAGUGGGAAAUCGACAGAACAUCGUUGAAAUUCGUACGUAAAUUGGGAUCUGGACAGUUCGGUGAUGUCUGGGAGGGACUGUGGAACAACACAACGCCCGUGGCGAUUAAAACGCUGAAAUCAGGCACAAUGGAUCCCAAGGACUUUUUGGCCGAGGCUCAAAUAAUGAAGAAACUGCGUCACACAAAGCUCAUUCAGCUGUAUGCUGUGUGCACCGUUGAGGAGCCCAUCUACAUCAUUACGGAGCUAAUGAAGCACGGCUCCCUCUUGGAAUAUCUGCAAGCAAUUGCAGGCAAAGGUCGUAGUAUCAAAAUGCAAACGCUCAUCGAUAUGGCUGCCCAAAUAGCCGCUGGCAUGGCAUAUUUGGAGUCACAGAAUUACAUCCACAGAGAUUUGGCAGCUCGAAACGUUCUUGUGGGCGACGGCAACAUCGUGAAGAUUGCCGAUUUCGGUUUGGCACGACUAAUCAAGGAGGAUGAAUACGAGGCACGUGUCGGUGCCCGCUUCCCCAUUAAAUGGACUGCGCCGGAGGCGGCCAAUUAUAGCAAAUUCUCAAUCAAAUCAGAUGUGUGGAGCUUUGGCAUUCUACUCACCGAACUGGUCACCUAUGGUCGUAUACCCUAUCCCGGCAUGACCAAUGCCGAAGUAUUAACCCAGGUGGAGCAUGGAUAUCGCAUGCCCAUGCCACCGAACUGUGAACAGCGUUUGUAUGAGAUAAUGCUGGAGUGCUGGCACAAGGAUCCCAUGCGCAGACCCACAUUCGAGACCCUGCAAUGGAAGCUGGAGGACUUCUACACAUCCGACCAGAGCGACUACAAAGAAGCACAGGCUUACUGAUAAAUGCUUUAUGCGCCCGCUGGCAAACGCAGCAGCUGCAAUAAGGUGGCGCCAGGAGCUGCAGCAGCUGGCCAAGUGGAGCAAGGCAACUAUGUCAAAACAAAUGCAUAAACGACGACUGCGCCAACCAUCCCAACACGGACAAUUCUUAUUUAGUUACUUACUUCAGUUUUGCACAGAUUUUCUACCGCAUUAUACAAAAGAGAAAAUAACACAAAAAAAAAAACAAACAAAAAACAAAUGCAAAAAAAACAGAACCCCUAAACUGCAUGGGUUAAAUGUAUGUUUAGGUAUCAAUAUAGGAAUUACUUAAAUGUUAUUAAUGUUUAAGCAAGCAUAUUUUAGUGUCUAAAGCAGUGUGCUAAGAUGGAGGAGAAACGAGAGAAAAAAAACGUAUGUGUAAUAAUUACUUGUAUUUCAAUUACAAACCGUUUUCUUUAAAUACAUGUAUAUCGCCAACAAUUUGGAAAUGAUUUAUGUUUAUAUAAAUAACGUUUAAUGCAUACACAUACAACAAAAUACGUAUAUGUAUAUCGGAUGUAUUAAAUUUCUGUUUACACAAUUGCAAUGAUAUGAAGUGCAAGUGUACCGAUUAUUUUUAUAUUUAAAUUGCAAAACAUUUUGUUUUGUUUCGUUCAAUAUACAUUAUUAUAUCGUAUAUUCAGUGGAAUGCGAUGAAUCAUUUAAAUCAUAUAUACAUGCUAGUAUGUAUAUACAUCAUAAUAUAUAAAUAUACAUAUAUAUGAGAACGCAUAAAGUCACAGUUUAUAUAGGAUCUUCAAAUAUAUAUACAUAUAUACAUUUCUUUUAGUUAAUAGCCAUUUAUAAACGAUAUUUAAAUACAUAUACAUAUUUAUGCUUUUAGUUAAAACAUUACGUGUCUUACCUUAUAUAUUCAAAAAGAAAAAAAACACACUCAACAUAAUCAACGACAUAUAUGCUUUAUCUUUAUCGUGUAUUCUUAAAAAACAAAGCAAAACAAAACAAAAUGAAACAAAAACGACACACAAAUACCAGAAAAGAAGUGCUAGCAAAAAGAAAAAAAAAGUAAUACUAAUGCAAUGCAAUAAAGUAAACUCCAUAUUAUUAAUGUUAUGCAUUUUAAUUGUAAUUUUUAACCAUUAAAUUAUAUAUAUUUAAAAAUAUAAACAGCAUAUACAUUCAUACAUACAAAACCACAUACACACACCCACACAAAUCCAUGUACAUUUAGAACAAAAACAUCAAAAUAAAAUUUAUUAUCGUAAUUUAUGAAUCAAACCCGCAUUAAUUCGUCAUUAUUCGUUUUCCGCAAAGUUUUGAUUAUUUAUCGAUUUUAAUUUGGUGAGUAUUUCAUUCAUUUUUAUUUCAGUGUCUUUAUUUGUUGUUAAUGUCAAGUGCAAUAUUGUUAUUAACAUAAAUCCCAAAACUUAUUAUUAUAUACCACCCCAUCUACGUACAUCUAUACCAAUUGAAGGCUGAUUUUAUAAUGCUAAACUUAGUCAUAAUUAUGAGUUGUUCUUCUUAUCAAGAAUCCGUUUUCUUCUCUACUGGAAAUUGCACAAAUUGCUAAUAAUAAUCAACGUGACUGUAAUCGUUGUAAGAAUUAUGAUAAAAGUAAUAGAAACAAAGAAUUUGUCUUUAUCUGAAUAUUUGUGCAUUUGUAAUUAGAUGAAAAUUCAUAUAAAAUAUGUAUGUAAACAAAUUUAGAUUAUUCUUUUAAAGGCAUUUAAAUUUAACAAAUUAUACCAUGUAUAACGAUUGCAAACAACAAUAACAAACUCUAUUAACACACAACACACUCCCCACACACUCUAAUACAUUUAUGAACUCUAAUAUUUAAGAAAAUAACAACAUAAUAUGCAAAAAUUUGACAAUUCGAUGAUAUAAUAAUAAUAAUAAAGCAAAGCAUAUACAUAUUUAUAUGUGCAUGUAUAUAUACACAAAUGAACAUAUACGUCUUUUAUAUAUACCAUAUACAUAUAUAAGGCGAUAGCUUUUGAUCUUUGAAGCUGGAAGCCCCUAAGCAUCCAAAUAUGGGCGUGUGAAGCCGAAAGUGGUCAAAAGUUGAUUGAAUUUGGUCAAUACGAGUUUUACUUUUUUUGUCUUUCAGUUUUGCGAUCAAAACAAAAAACAAACGCAUUGAAUAGCCCUGCCUAAAAUGUCGUCUGAUUGAAUGUAUGUUUGUAGUUGUCGUUGUUGUUGCUGUUGUUGUUGUUGCUGUCAUUGUCAUCGCCGUUGUUGUUGUCUGACUGAUAUGCGGCGCUCUUCCCCAUGACAUUGGGAGUGCCACCCUAAAUGGCUGCAAGUGGGCAACAAACCAAAAGCAAAAACAAAAACAAAAACAAAAACAAAAACAAUGCCAAUUGAUGACGAUUCCGUUUCCAAACAUUUUGUGGGUGAGUCAGUCGAGCAGAGCGGCGCACUCACUCAAUUGUUUUUCAUUUUUUAUUUAUUUACAGUCGCUGAUUAAUUCGGGCAUAAACUAAAAUACACACUGCCACUCACACUUGUGUCUGUGACUGUGGCUGUCGCUGUGCUUGAUAUUGGCUAUAAUGUUACCUUAUAAGGUAUUCGACUGCGACUUCGACUGCGACUGCGGCAACAGCUGUUUUUGGGGUGCUUGCUGCUUACAGCAAUCGAUCAACUUGCAAACGCCGGCUAAAAAGGGGCGUGGUGAUUUCCGACACGUUCACUGAUAAGCCAAGUACAUACAUACAUACUUAUGUAUAUACAUGAUGCACACCCAAAAUAUGUCCCGCAUGUGUGCUGCACCAGAAAUCGCAGUUAAACAAAACAAAAACAAUGAAAAUAAAAUGAAUUUGUUUAUCAUUCGACUUCCUGCGAAUGUGAAUGUGAUUUCCCCUUAUUUGUAUUUUGUUGAAAAACAAAACAUAUUUGGUUUUCUUCUUAAAAGAUUAGUAAGCAACAUCUUAUCGCCCCCAUUGACCAUUGUAUCGUCAUCACCAUGAUUCAUUCGUAUCUCGAUUAAUAUUCAUAAGAAAACUAGUUGAUUUUUUUCAGUUCUUCAUCGCUUUUUAUUGGUUUCAAGCGGUUACAAAUACUUUUUAUCUUUUUUUUUCAUUUCAUUUUAUGGUAAUGUGUACUACAAUAUGUAUGUAGGAAUGUUUUGGGUAGGAAUGAUUAAUGCCGAAUAUAAAUAUUAAAUAUUACCAAUGUGCGUAUGAACUCGUGAAUUUCGAUAGAACACAAAACUGGCUAAUUGCUUAUGUGUAAUAUGUAUGUAGUAUGUGGUAAAUGGUAUGUUUCUUUUCGUAUAAAAAUGUUACAAAAAAAAUGUAGUUUAUCUUUGUUUUGUCUCUUUGUUGUUGUUGUGGUUGUUGCGCCGCCAAUGCAUGUAUCGAUGCCUCUAACCCCGUCUUUUUGUCUUUGUUGUCUGCAUCUCCCUCCAUUCUAAUGCGAAGGGCGAAACAAUGGAUGGUUUUUUCUCGGGGGUGAGGCGUAACACAGACAGGACACGCCCAACGUCAGCGGCUGCUUAGAAACAUUUGCGAUGAACAAUAGAUGGGCCGGACUCAUCGUAUUCCUGCUUCGAGAUCCACAUCUGUUGGAAGGUGGAGAGCGAGGCCAAAAUGGAGCCACCGA